AUUUUCUUUUCGCAAAUUACAUUUAUCGAUAAGUUAAUAGUUGCCCGCAUAAACACUGCAUUUUCUCACAGCUGUGCGGUCGCAUUUAUCUGUCCCUGGAAAGUCGCUGUCUUUCGUUUACUCGCAUUUUCCCGACCUCGCAUCUUUCAAGACCACCUAUAACAGUAUCCUCCAGAGUAGAGUCAUGUCCAGUAGCGAGGCGCCGGACGCGCUGGUGGAACAGGUCGUCGAGGUGACCGCCUGCACGGCUGACGAGGCCAAACAUUAUUUGGGAGCCUGUGCCAAUGAUGUGUCCGCCGCCGUGGCUCUGUUCUUCGAGCAGGCUGCCUCCACAUCGUCGGCGGCGGGUUCUGGGUCUGCUUCUGGAUCGCUUCCCAUUCUAAACGACGAGGAGGAGGUAAGAGCGCCUAUUGCUCCGGUAAGGGAGCAAUUAAUCCUACCCGAGGACGACAACUUCUUCGCGUCAGGGAGUAGUAGUCGGCUAUCGCGCGUCACUCAGCGCGUCAAGGUGUAUCCCUUGAGGGACUUUGCCCGAGAGGGCGCUCUGAUGGAGGAGCAGCUUCAGGCCACCGGAGUCUAUGCCGAUCCAAAUGCCCAUCGAUUACGUCGUGGACGAGCCGCCCAGAUGGUGGUGGCCGGCCAGGCCAUGGCACUUAACAGCCGGUCCACAACGGGUGCGGCCACCAGCACAUCCCGCCUCGGAGACCUGUUCCGCCCGCCUACAGACAUACUCUACUCCGGAUCGCUGACUGCAGCCAGGGAGUUUGCAACCAAACGACAGCGCUGGCUGUUGGUCAACGUGCAGGACGACAGCUUCCAGUCGCAAACCUUAAACCGUGAUGUCUGGUCGGACAAGGAGCUCAAGAAACUGAUACGUCGUCAGUUCACCUUCUGGCAGGUGGACAACGACACUUCGGAAGGACGACGCUUUGUGGCCUUCUAUCACUGCGUCACUCUGCCUUACCUGUGCGUGAUCGAUCCCCGUACAGGCGAGGAAGUGUGGCGCAGUGCAGAGCCAAAACUGGAAAAUAUCCUUCCCGAUUUAAGACAAUUUUUAAAGGAGCACCGCGACUUUAUACAGGAUGAUGCACCUGGCACUUCAAAACGGUCGGCCACAUACAUCGAUGAUGAUGAUGAUGCUGAUCCGGAGGCCUCAUGCUCCUCGACAGCUAGUUCUAAAGGAACUCCAAAGAAGCGGGCCAAGCUUUUGGAGUUAACCGAAGAGGAGCAGAUAGAGUUGGCAAUCAAAAAUUCCAUAAACGAGAAUGGUGGCGGAGACACUCAGAAAGAUAAUGAUAAUACCGAGGGGGCUAGCGAUAACGAAAGCCUAGAGGAGUUUGAUGAUGAUGAGCUCAAGGGCGUAGCCGCCGCUUCCUAUGAAAAUCAUUUGGGUGAGGCUAAGAGUGAAUUGACUGCAUUGAAGUUGCGCCUGCUCAAUGUCGCCGGAACAGAUGAGAUGGUCCAGCUGCGCUGGCCCUCGGAUACAAAACUGCAGACUUUAAGGUUGUACAUCAGUCAAACGCACAAGCAUAUCCCCCAAGAGGGCUACAAGCUAAUAUGCGCCUUCCCGCGUAAAUCCCUCGAGACGGAGCACAAUGGCAGCUCACUGAAGGAACUCGGUUUGCAUCCGUCAGCAAAUCUGCAUCUCACACUGGACGACUAGGCCACUGGGCCACAAGUCGAGCAGUAAAAGUUUUCAUGUGUAUGUUUUAUUUAUUUUAAAAUUGUCAUACCAUUGUAGUUCCAAUAAAAAAAAUCCAUAUGAAUUAAAAUUCUGUCUUAUAAUAAGUUAAAUGAUAUUGAAUAAAAUGAACUAGAAAUACUA